CUUUCGAUUUUUCACAAAAUUUUUAAAAAACACUAAAUAUAUAAAAAAACAAAGAUAUACUUUGGAGGUAAAAGGUAUUUAUUUAUUUAUUGUUGUAAUUUUAAGGUGCUUUGAUAAUAAAUAAUUUAUAUAAAAUUUAUUAAUCAUUAAAAAAAAAUUCUAAAAAAUAAUGAUUAACAAUAUUUUUGUUUUACACAUUCUUUUAAUGUGUGCACUUGUUUCAGUAUCUGGAAUAUUAAAAGUGAACACUGAAACGCAUCAAAUUAUAGAUUAAAAUGGAAGAGAACGUAUUUUCCAUGGUGUUAAUGCUGUAUAGAAAUCAUUUCCAUACAUCCCUAAUACUGAUGUCUUUGAUCCCUGCUCAUCUUUAUCUGAGUAAGACUUCAAAAAUAUGAAAGAAUGGGGUUUAAAUGCAAUCAGACUAGGAACUAUGUGGCCAGGAGUAGAGCCUUAGAAAGGUUUUUAUAAUGAAACAUACUUAAAUUAGCUAAAGUACAUUGUUGACACUGCUGGUAAGUAUGGUAUUUACACUUUACUAGAUAUGCACUAAGACCUUUUUAGUGAAAAAUUUUGUGGAGAUGGGAUUCCUUUGUGGUUAAUUCCUGAAGCUGAAUAUAAAUACUUCCCCCUUCCAAUUCCUAAGAAAAUAGAAUUCAACAAUUAAUCAGGGCUUCCUAUGGACUGUAAUAUCACUACUGGUUGGGGAACAUAUUAUUUUUCUUAUGACGUUGCUGAAGGCUUUGAAAAGCUUUAUACAAAUUACGAGGGUAGACUCAAUCUUAUGGCCUAAUUCUGGGGUAAGAUUGCUCAAACUUUCAAAGGAAAUCCAUUUGUUUUGGGUUAUGAGCUCAUUAAUGAGCCAUUUGCAGGAAAUAUCUUUAAAAAUCCUCUAUUGUUAAUCCCUGGCUUUGCUGAUAGACUUCGUCUUUAGGAUGCUUAUGAAAUAAUUGCUUAAGAAAUUAGAAAAUAUGAUGAAGAUCAUAUCAUCUUUUUUGAGCCUGUUACUUGGGAUAACAUGAUUAAAGUUGGCUUUACCUAACCACCUGGCGGUAAUAAAUAUUCUGAUAGAUCUGUACUUGCCUAUCAUUACUAUAAUCCUCCUGAUUUUGCCAUGGGACUCUUCUUUAAUGAAAGAAACAAAGAUAUUCAAAGACUUAAUGUUGGAGGUUUCUUAACUGAAUUUUUUGUCUCAGGUGGUUCAUUUGCUGAAAAUUAAAAAGUUAUGGACAUGUGUGAUAAAUAUAACUAAGGUUGGCUUGGUUGGAUUUAUAAACCUUACGCAGAUCCUUAUAGAGAUGAAGGACGUUGUACUUAUAAUAAUGGUACAAAUGGUGGUUUCUAUUAUAAUAAUGGUACUGCUGUAUACGAAAUAGUUCACACCAUAGUUAGAACAUAUGCUAGUGCAAUAGCUGGAAAAUCAAUCAAUCAAUACUUUAACAAUACUUCUGGCGAAUAUUAGCUGGAAUAUAGACUAUGUAUAGAAUGUGGAUAAACAGAAAUUAACUAUAAUGCUGAGCACUAUUAUCCUUAAGGCUUUAAUAUUUAGAUCUCAGGAAAUGCUUCUUACAUCUUAACGAGCGAUUAAGUAUUUGUUAUUCCUAACUCUAACUCUAAAAAUAAUGAAGUUAUUUCUGUGAAAAUAACAACUGUCAUUGAAAAAUAAAUAAUAGAAUGAAAUUAUGAAAUUAAGUAUAUAUAAAUUAAGUGAUAUAAUAUAAGUAUAUAUUAAUGUAACAGAUUAUAAAUAAAGAAGUUAUUUCAGCUAAAAUUAAUAUAUGUCUAUGAAAAAUAAACAAAAGAAUGAAAAUGAAUAAAAAUUUAAAUAAAGUAAAUAAUAAAAAUAAAUAUAAAUUAUAUAUUGAGGUAGCAGAAAGUUGUUUCUGGUAAAAAAAACUACCUAAGAAAAAUAAAUAAGUGAAAAUAAAAACUGUCUAUUAACAAUAAAUAAAACAAUAACAUUAUAAGAUAAAUUCAAGAUUAGGUAAACGAUAAGAAUAUAAUAUGUAACAGAUUAAAGAAAAUGAAGUUCUUUCUGUAAAAAUAAAAGUUUUAUUUGGAAAAAUAAAUAAGAGA